UGGUAAAUUGCGUAACUUGUCAGUUAUCGCCAGGCUUCAACAACAGUCAUUCUUCGCGGUCAUUUCUCUACGGCAUGUACUUUGGUUGAUUUUGGCCCGAGACACUCGUGUCUCUAUCGGUUGAGUGGUUGCUCUGCUGGUCCUUUCGUCCAUCAUGGCCAACUGGCGAGACGAAUAUCAUGCUGCAUUAUUAGUUCGUGACGAACGAGAGCAAGCAAACAGCAGCCUGUACGAUGCUUACACGCGACUGGCCGAUCGAACAGCAGCAGUUUUGGCUUCUACGGCCAGCAGGCAACAACCUGAAUCGUCAGAAACAGACACCCAUGUUCGACGAGGGAGCACUGCUGUAGCCUCUCUUCAAGAUGCCAGCAAAAAUCCUCAGAGUCUUCUUGUGACGGUCAGGGAGGACUUAGCUGCUGCUCAGCGAUCGCGCUCCGAACUUCACGAUCGGUUAACCCGUACAACCGCGGAGUUGGAUAAGCUCAAAUCGAGAUCGCAACAAGAUACUCGACGCAUUGCCUCUCUGGAAGGAGAGCGGACUCAUCUGACCCUCAGACUCAAAGAUCGGGACGAGGAGUUGAGGGGGAAGGCGAAGCUGUUGGAUGAUGUUCAAGAUGAAUUGGCUUCCUUGAAUCUACAACUUAACAUGGCAGAAGACCGGUCAAAUAAACUACAACGCGAGAAUAAAGAACUUGUCGAUCGGUGGAUGGCUCGUAUGGGCCAAGAAGCAGACGCCAUGAACGAGGCAUCCAAAUUCUAAAAGGCUGGUGCAGGUUUGAAUUCUUAAACUUGGUGGAUGCCAGACCAUGGCUUAGCCCGAUCUCAGAUUUAUACACCACUACGAAUCUCAUGAACAAUGACACAAUACGUUCAAUUCCAGUGUAAACACACAAAACAACAUUGAAUCAGGUGUAAUAAACAU